AUGUUUCAAUCGAAUAAAAUUUUGUUUCCGCCGAGUGCAAGUCCGUUCCACGACAGCAUCACAUCUCAUGGUAACACUAUUUCUAACAAUGCCAACACCAACAACACUGCUACUAUAAAAUUCUUACAAUCGACUCCAUCCGGCAUACAGGAAUAUUUUAUUCACCACCCUGUUGCUGUUGAUAAAGGGCCGGAUGUCGUUAAUGAGAACUUUCUGCAGAAUUGUGUGAAUUCCACUUUAUCACAACUACAACAUGAAGAACAACAAUUUAUACAGCAACUAAACAGCCACAACUACACACGACCAGACAUUUUAAAUUGUGAUCGUAAUGACAGAAAUGGUGUAGUUAAUGUUUGCAACAACGUCAAUAAUAAUUUUUUUCAGUUUCAUAGGGGCUCCAUUGGCAACCAAGGCAUAAGGAACAACGUUGUUGAUCCUAAUUCUUUGGCAAGGAUGCUUUCUCAGAUGAAUGCCAAACGAAAGUCCGAUGAUCCAGACUCUCCUGUCCCGUGUAAAGUUCGAGUAAAUGAGGAAAAAAUGUCUGCCUGCAUGAACGACCUCAACCUAAACAACAAAAAUAAUAAUAAUUUCUGUAAUAAUAAUAAUAAUAAUAAUGAUAAUAAUAUUAGUUACUAUAAUAACAAUAAUAGUAAUAAUAAUAACUAUUAUGAUUAUAGUGAUAUGGGUGAAAGUGAUUUCAGUAAUAAUAUUAAUAACAACAAUAAUUGUUAUAAAAGUAAUAAUAAUAAUUGUUCUGGUGGCAAUAGUAGCAGUGGCUCUGAUUUUGAAUCUGCCUGGUUCGCAAUGGAAGAGGUCAAUCGAAUUAGAAAUCUCUCAGAGGAGGCUGCUGCAAAAGGUGCCAGGUUGGAAUUUCUCAGCGACAUGAAGCUUGACUUUAAGAAGAAUGAUAUCUUGCCUAAAGCUGUUGUUGAUGAAAUAGUGAAGCCAGGAUUGCAGCUUGUUUUGUGGAAAGCUCCAGGAAGUGACGUCUUCAACGAGAUCAAAGGCUACCUCGAAAAUUCAAAGACUGAAAAUAAUGCAAAGACUUCAGCAAAUGAGAAAAGGAAUGGUGAAGAGAAUAUCGAUGGUGGUGCUGGUGGUAAAAAAUUUCUGGCAUCAAAGGGUGUCACAAAUGACUACAGCUUUGACAUUGAUCUGGAUGACAUUGACUACGAUUUAAACCCAAAUGAUACAAAAUCUGCCUUUCGAGGUUUCAUCUGCCCCUCCGAUGUUCCACUACCAGAUGAGGUGGAUUUUGAUAGCAUUGAAGAUAUGAUAGUAUCCUAA